UUUCAUUUCUUCAACCCUCUUAAAUUAUUUGUAACUUUAGCCAUUUAUUAGUAAAUAAGUUAUCAUGUUGCUGAAUUCAAUCCAGCAAGAAGCUUCUCCUUCAUCGAUAGGGAUUGGUAAAGGUAAGAGUGAUUGGGGAUUUUGGGCUAUGUUUCCUGAGGAUUUGAUUUUUGAAAUUCUACAUAGGGUUGAUGAAAAAGAUUUGAUUUUGCUGAAAUCGGUGUCGAAAGGUUGGAACUUUGUGAUAUCCAGAAUUUGCAUCCCUAGAUUGUCUCCUCCCUCCCCUGCUGCACCUUUCUGGGGUCUCCUCCUUUUCAAGGAUCCCCUUCCUCUCAAAGACGACAGUGAAGUCGGCGACCAAUUCUUAAAACUUCACUACGUGGUUGUACACCGCUACGUGUAUGGACACUUCAUGCCUCCAAGGUUACAUAUGGACAACACUGAUCACUUAUUUCCGUCUCUGCUUCCGAACAAGUGUGAUCAUUCCGGCAUUCGAGACUGCUGCAAUGGGAUACUACUCUUAGCCUCCUCCUCCCGCUAUUAUGUGGCCAACCCUGUCACAAAUCAGCGUAUUUCAAUCCCAAUUAACCCCCAACACCAACGUACCGACAUCAAAACCAUCCAUUCCUCAUUAGUUUUUGAUCCCUCCCUUUCCCUUAACUUCAAAAUUGUUACCUUCGUCCAAGUUAAUCUUCCAUUGGAAUUGGAUAUCUUCUGUUCUGAGACAGGACUAUGGUGCAGCCGUGUUCUCCCACUUGAGCCUCAUGGUCUCCAUGGCUCUGAGUGGCUUCCCCGCUCAGUUUACUUCCAACGGGGUCUCUAUUCUCUCUCUUUGGAUAUGUUCUUAGUAUGCAUUGACAACCUCCUCCCCAGCCCGAGUGGCAGAUAUAGCGAUCUAAAAGCUUGGGCUGUUGAGCUUCCUGAUAAGGGUGUGAUCACACCUAGUGAGAGUGGGUGCAUAGGGGUGUCUUCAGAGUGUUUCUACUACUCUAAUCGUGACCCUGGAGGUAUGUACAUGUAUGUGUGGAUGUUGCACUAUAAAGGGAGAGAUUCAAAAUGGGUUCUGAUGCACACCAUAAGCAUUGCUGAUGAUCUAGUUGAAAACCCCAUACGCGGCCUUAGACGUAUCUUGUAUUGGAAAAAUUUCGAUUGCUUUAGGCCUCGUGCCUUUAUCCCCAAGGAUGAUUUGGUUAUUGCAUCUCCUACAGUCGUGGCCUCAUAUAACUUAAAGACCAAAAUACUCGACCUGCUUUGCGGUUUACCCAAGUGGAACUGCAACCGGAAAUCUUAUCAUUUGGACGGAAAUUGGCUCUUUCCCUUCUCGCCAUGCCUGCUCAUACUCCCUUGUCAGAAUUUGGGAGACUAAAUUAUUGUGUUUCAUUGAAAGUAUACAAGCGUGGAGAUGUUGUGGCAUAGCUCCCACAGGUGGUUGGCGAGGAUUGAGCAUAAUAAUCAAGUUGGUGGUUGACAAACUCUCUUUGGUUGGGAUUUUGAUAUUCCUGAAGCUGAUCAUUGGCGGAGCAGCUAGCUCGAGCUCUGGCCUCUGUUGUUGACUGCCUCAUCUCUCACAGCAAUGUAUGUUUGUGCAGUGAAGGAAUUUUAUUGUUUGUGCAACAUAUAUGAUUAUUAGCUUUCCUUGAAACCAGCCUAGCCGCUUACUUUUGAUGAUUAGUCUUGAUAGAUUUUAUAAAAUAAAAAAAGUUAAAUAGGGUAAUAAUCUAUUGCUUUGGGAUAUCCCUAAGUUUUCUGGACUCAAAUCUCAUUGGAAGAGUAGGAUUGGAGAUAUCGUAUUAGUGAGAAUAGCUGAAUAGUCAAUCAUGUAAAGUAAACGGGGCUUGGGAGCUCAUCAGCUUUCACAUUUUAGAAUGUGACCUUCAUGUUUAGAAGGUCAGUUCAUUGUUAAUUUGUUGUCUAGCUUGUAGAAAUGAAAGUGAAACAAAUUAGACCUUGUUUGGA